UCGUAGAUCUGUUAGCUGGACGUAUGAAAUGAAAAAAACUAUGGAAAUGUGUCGUUUGCCAUCGAUCCUGUGGGAUAUGGGCUGAUGUACAGAACCGGAAGUGCCGGUUCUCCGUGGCUCAGCGGAAAUGUUUACUCACUAACAUUAGCAAGCACCAAGUGACACGCAUAUAAAUGUGAUAAUAAUCCGUAUGUAGCUGUACUUCUGCCGGUCAUAAUGUCUGCCCUGUAUCUAUGCGUUCUGUUCAACCGUGUUUCCAAAUUCAACAAACAAACAGGUUUGAUGCAGGUCAUGAGAUUUGGCUAUAAACAGGGGAUGACAUCUGACAGCGUCAUGCGAGUUGGAAACACAGCCACAACACACACAGCAACUAACUUCAGUACUAUGGCUAAUAAGUCGGGGAAGCUCAGUUUUCCUUCUUCAACUUCAGCUAAGGAUGGAACAGCUCGAGUGAAGAGAGUUUCUAUCGAGGGCAACAUUGCUGUUGGAAAGUCGACCUUUGCAAGACUCUUGCAGUCAGCUUGUCCAGACUGGGAGGUGGUGACGGAACCUGUCAGCAAGUGGCAGAACAUUGAAAGUGGGACCUCAAAGGGGACAGACGCGUCCUCUCAGGCGACAGUCAGCAACCUGCUGCAGAUGAUGUACCAGGACCCUCAGCGCUGGUCGUACACGUUUCAGACGUAUUCCUGUAUGAGCCGGAUGAGAACGCAGCUGCAGCCUCCUCCAGCUCGCCUGCUCAGCUCAGAGGGAACACCUGUCCAGGUGUAUGAGCGCUCAGUCUACAGCGACAGAAUGAGAUACAUCUUUGCCCUGAACAUGUUUGAGCUGGGUUGUAUCAACUCUACAGAGUGGAGUGUCUACCAGGACUGGCACUCCUUCCUGGUGGAGCAGUUUGGACACCAGGUGGAGCUGGAGGGCAUCAUUUACCUCAGAGCCCCACCAAAGAAAUGUAUGGAGCGUCUGGAGCGUCGGGGAAGGGCAGAAGAGAAGGGAGUGAAACUGGACUAUCUGGAUAAGCUGCACGUUCAACAUGAGAGGUGGCUGGUUGAGAAGAGCACUGAAAUACAUUUUGAGAAGUUGAAACAGAUACCUGUGUUACAACUCGAUGCCAGUGUGGAGUUUCAUAGUGACCCAGAGGUGCAGGAGCAAUAUAUAAAAAAGGUGAAGAACUUCUUCAAUGCUUUAUGAGAAGACAGUCGUCAGCUGCCAUCAGCAGUGGGAAACAGAUGAGAGCAGUUAGACAUCAGUCAGACAAGUGUGUUAACUGACAUGUAACUACAUACGAACCUCUCACAGAGGGAAGGGAAUAUAAAGUAAUAUAAAAGGUUUUCUCUUUUUGAUAAGCUCCAGUCUCUGCAGGACCGUAGCCUCAUGAAACACACAGUUUGAGUUUUGUCUGUAUAUGAAUGUGUUGCUUUUAAAGAACCUUUUACAUUACUGCACUUUUUUUUGCUUGUUUAGAGAUUCACUAAGUGACUUCUUGUACCGUACUAUUUAUUCCACUUGAAACUAUUUCUCUCUCUAACACAAUUAUUCACAUAUCUGAGCGAUUGAAGCACAGUGAUUUUAGAGCUUGUGUAAAUUAUAAGCUAACUCACUACUGUGACAAUUUGGAAACACGUUUUACUGAACAUCAUACAGUUUUUGUGUAGAUUAUUGUUUUAUACAUUUCUGACUGGCUGGAACAAACAACUAAGACAAGUAUUGUAUUGUUUGGUUGUUCAUAAAUAAACACCUAUUUGUGUUUUUUAAAAACA